AUGGUCAAGCUGCCGCCCAAAGGGAAGGUGCCCGAAAGGCUCCGAGCUAGCAGCGUCCAUCUCGCAUGGUUGGCCGCCGAAAAAGAGGUGCAGGAGCUGGAACAGCAAUGCGCAGCUCAACAAGAGCUGGAGUCAAAGAUCAAGCUCAUGAGGAAUCGGUUGAAGGCUAUGCGGAAGGGAUCUUCCGGGAGGCUAGAUGCAGUCACGCAAAUGAUUGAACAUCGAAAGGCUGAGCUGCUUCUCGUCAAAGAGAAGCUUCGCGAGCUGGAAGUGCGGAAAGACGAGCCGCCCAAGUACCCAGCACUGACAAAUGCGCAACCGCUGGGCUUGGCUUUGGGGCAGGCAGUGAAGGAGAUGAGGAAGCGCGCCCUGAGCAGGAAGCGCGAGGAACCCAACCCGCUGUCCUUGAAAGAGCCGGCUACCUGGCCUUCCCUGUACAGCAUCGGUGACCUUUGGCUUGCGCCUCUUGGCAUCAUCUCAGAGCUGUGCAGUCACCAGAGUCACAAGAGCUUCUGCGACGGCCUGAGCGAAGCUGCAAAGCUGCUCUUUCUGCAAAGCGACCUUGACCGAGAUGCAUUAAAGUCUGUGUUCCGCUUCGAGACUGAUGGGCAAACUGCCAGCGGCGACAUCCUCCGGCACGCGGGCGAGCACCUUGAAGCUCUCCGCCAGCUGUCUUGCUUCGUGAAUUACCAAAGAUGCUGGUCUAGGGGCCAAGCGCAGUCAUGGAGGCGUGGAGUGCAGAGCUUGUGUCGCAUGCUGCUGGCAAGCCGCCUCCCGUCUGUGAAGCUUCUGCCUGGUUUCUGCGCCGCCCUUGUGCGCAAGGGGCCGGUGCGUCACGCCGAAGACCGGUUGGAUGCAGUGUUGGGCUUACAAGAUGGCUUGAAGCUGCUGACUGCGGCCGCUUUGCCAUCCUCGCUUGGCACAUCUCUGCAGGGUGACAGAAAGGUGUGUUUAGAUGAAUCAAAGAUCAUUGAAGAGCUUCUGCUUGUCCUUGAGAAUGAUAUGCGGACAGCCCAAGCUUUCAAAGGGCAGAUGAACCUCAUGGAGGAUCUCGUUCAGCACUUGACAAGCCGUGGAAUGGCUCUGCUGGAACAACUGAAUCAUUUCGCCCAGAACUACCCAGCCGAGAUUUUGAACAUGCCUUUCAAGCUACUGUACUCUGCAGGCCUGUCACCUCCAGGAACUUGUCAGCAGGACAAGGGUCCAAGGCUCAUACUUCCGCCGGAAGCACGGUGGUUCCACACGAAGGUGGAUGGCACGCGCUACUACAGCCCUUGGCCGACCACCAUCGACCUCCUGUUCCGUUGGGCGUCGCAGGGAGGGCAGACCUCCAACUGGGUCCUGAACUUGGGAUCUGGUGAUGGCCGGUGUGCUGGAGGCGAUGAGUACGAUCCCGCCAACUGCCUGAUUUUAAACCAUGGUUGGCGCGGCAUCUUGGUUGAGGCGGACAUGGAUCUCGGCCAAAAGGCAAGCACCCUGCUUGGAGAUCGGGUACGUGUGCUUUCCGCGAACGUGACGCCAUCCGAUGUAGGACGCCUGGUGGCUUCAGAAGCCCAAGCACUUUUCGCCAACAUCUCAGGGAAAACGUGGCUCGAUGUGGAAGCGGCUCGUCGACCGGAUAUUUUGAAAGUCGAUGUUGACCAGGCAGACUGUGAGCUUCUUCAAGCCUUGCUUGAGAUCUUUGAGCCUUUGUUGCUUCAUGUGGAGAUCAACCCGCUCUUCCCUCCGCCUUAUGCCCCUCGUGCUCAACCAGUGGGCAGUUCCUAUUUCAUUGGUGGAGAUGUUUCAAGUGUCGCAUUCUGGACCUGA